UCUGUAUCCUUUACGAGGACAAUGAAGGCCUCGUCCGCCUGCAGGAGCUCCUGAAGACGCCUCCGCCCAACGAGUUCAAGGUCACCAUCAGGCAGCUCCCCAGAGACGAUGAUUACAGACCCAUCCUCAGAGAAGUGAAGAACAGCCUUGAACAGAACAUCAUCUUAGACUGCAAGACAGAGAAGGUCGGUCAGGUGUUGAAACAAGCCCAGCAAAUUGGCCUUAUGUCAUCUCUACAUAACUACAUCAUCACUUCGCUUGACUUGCACCUUGUUGAUUUGGACGACUUCAAGUACAGCGGCUCCAACAUCACAGCUGUUCGCCUGGUGGACCCCGAGAGCGAGGAGGUGAAGCGACUGAUGGAGGACUGGGAACGAAGGAGUCCUCAGUACCUGCAAACUACCGAAGGGGAUGAUGUUAUUCUGAAGCAACAACUGGGAGUAGACUUCUGGACGACGGAAACGGCCCUAAUCUACGACGCCGUGAGAUUAUUCGUGCAGGCACUUCAAGCGCUGGAUAAUUCGACGUUCGUGCAAGUUGCGCCGCUCAUUUGCGAGGGAGAAGAAGCUUGGAUCCACGGUAAUUCACUCAUCAAUUAUAUGAAAAUGGUUUAUUUUACUGGACUCACAGGCUUCAUAAAAUUCGACGCCCUAGGAUUUCGCACCGAUUUUGCCCUUGAUAUCGUGGAACUUGGCAUGCAAAAUCUCACCAAGGCCGGCACGUGGAGACUCGACACGGGCGCCAACUACACAAGGACCUUCCAGGAGACGCUGAAGAAGGUGGUCGACGGAUUGCAGAACAAGACGCUCGUCGUGUCCGUGGCCUUUAACGACCCGUACAUCAUGCAGAAGGAGAACGCGGAGGACCUCGCCGGCAACGACCGCUUCGAGGGCUUCUGCAUCGACCUCCUGACGGAGAUUGCCAGCAUCCUCAAGUUCAACUUCACCGUCGUUUCCGUCGCCUCCAACGCCUACGGGUCCAAGAACGCAGAGACGGGGGAGUGGAACGGCAUGAUCAGGGAGCUGCUCGAGCAUCGCGCAGACAUGGCCAUUACGGACUUAACCAUCAACUACGAGCGCGAGCAAGUGGUCGAUUUCACGAUGCCGUUCAUGAACCUCGGGAUUUCCAUUUUGUACAAGAAACCCCAGAAGAUGGCGCCUUCUCUCUUCUCCUUCCUUUCGCCUCUUUCCCUCGAGGUCUGGAUUUACAUGAUCACUGCCUACGUCGGCGUCUCCAUCCUCAUGUAUAUUCUUGCGAGGUUCACGCCGUACGAGUGGCAGAACCCCCACCCGUGCGACCCCGACCCCGACACGCUGGAGAACCAGUUCACCAUCCUGAACUGCCUGUGGUUCGCCAUCGGCUCCCUUAUGCAGCAAGGCUGUGACUUCCUUCCGCAAGCUGUAUCGACCCGCAUGGUGGCCGGCAUGUGGUGGUUCUUCACUCUGAUCAUGAUUUCGUCCUACACCGCUAACCUCGCCGCUUUCCUCACCGUCGAGCGCAUGGACUCUCCCAUUGAGUCAGCGGAGGACCUCGCCAAGCAGACCAAGAUCAAGUACGGAUCGCUCAAGACGGGCAGCACCAUGGCCUUCUUCAGGGACUCCAAGAUCCCGACUUACCAGGGCAUGUGGGCGACCAUGAUGCGCCACGAGGAUCCAGGCCCCUCCGUCUUCCCCGCCUCCAACGCCGAGGGGGUCAAGCGAGUCCAGGAGAGCAACGGCCUGUACGCCUACCUCAUGGAAUCCACGUCCAUCGAGUACGUGGUGGAGCGGCAGUGCGACCUCACGCAGAUCGGGGGCCUCCUGGACUCCAAGAGCUACGGCAUCGCCCUUCCCCCGGGCUCUCCCUACACGAGUGCCAUCAGCAGUGCCAUUCUGUCGCUGCAAGAAACUUCGAAAAUACAGAUGCUGAAAAGACGAUGGUGGAAGGAAAAAAACAGAUCUGACAAGUGUGCAAAGGACAAGGAGGAGGCGGGCGGCAGCAGUAUGGCGAGUGAACUGAAUUUAUCGAACGUCGGCGGUGUCUUCGUGGUGCUGCUCGGAGGGAUGGGCCUGGCACUGGUCGUGGCACUGGCGGAGUUCGUCCUUGAGUGCUGGGACAUAUCGAAAGAGGAUGAGAAAUCAAUAAUAUCAGUCCUGAGUGAGGAGCUGUGUUUCGUCUUCCAAUGCAAAGGGUCGACAAAACCUGUCAGGAAGAAAAUAGAGUCAGAAACACCAACAGUUGACAACUUGUACAGUUCCGAUGUAUACAACUGUAGUGGAAGAAAUCAACAUACCUACGUGCCCCCACCCCCCUCGCCCGUCGCCAACGUGAAUGCAUCGACGGUCAACCAGAACACAUCCUUGCUCAGUCAGAACUCAUCCACCGUGGCCAGCCAGAAUUUCUCCUCCUCGCCCUACUUCACGCCGGACCGAAAGCCUUCCCUCUCGCCCACGGCAGACCCGAGCGAGGAUCUGCCCGAGGCCGAGGGCCACACUGAAAAGCUGGAGUUUUUGUUGUAUCUGAGAUUUCUCUGUGUGAGAGUCAGUCACUUUUUUGAGACAAUCUAUCGGGCUUGUAGAUCAUGCAUUGUCACUGUUGACACAAAGCAGGUCCAUGUAGUAGAUGCGAACAGCAGAAUGGCCUGCAACACCAUGUUAUGCAUCUGUACACAAAUCUCGAUGUUGGAUGUCCAAGCACAAGAUGAAAGAUCCUUGAUAUUACUAGGUCUGGUUUCUUGCACUUCGUUGUUCAUGACGUUCCAUGCCAAUUUGAUACAAGAAUCCCACUGUCAUUUAGGAACUUUUAGACUAUCUCUGACUGCCACGAAUCCAGGUAACUCACGCCCCCCCCCCCACCCUCUCCUCCUCUACCCCCAGAACGACCCGUACAUCAUGCAGAAGGAGAACGCGGAGGACCUCGCCGGCAACGACCGCUUCGAGGGCUUCUGCAUCGACCUCCUGACGGAGAUUGCCAGCAUCCUCAAGUUCAACUUCACCGUCGUUCCCGUCGCCUCCAACGCCUACGGGUCCAAGAACGCAGAGACGGGGGAGUGGAACGGCAUGAUCAGGGAGCUGCUCGAGCAUCGCGCAGACAUGGCCAUUACGGACUUAACCAUCAACUACGAGCGCGAGCAAGUGGUCGAUUUCACGAUGCCGUUCAUGAACCUCGGGAUUUCCAUUUUGUACAAGAAACCCCAGAAGAUGGCGCCUUCUCUCUUCUCCUUCCUUUCGCCUCUUUCCCUCGAGGUCUGGAUUUACAUGAUCACUGCCUACGUCGGCGUCUCCAUCCUCAUGUAUAUUCUUGCGAGGUUCACGCCGUACGAGUGGCAGAACCCCCACCCGUGCGACCCCGACCCCGACACGCUGGAGAACCAAUUCACCAUCCUGAACUGCCUGUGGUUCGCCAUCGGCUCCCUUAUGCAGCAAGGCUGUGACUUCCUUCCGCAAGCUGUAUCGACCCGCAUGGUGGCCGGCAUGUGGUGGUUCUUCACUCUGAUCAUGAUUUCGUCCUACACCGCUAACCUCGCCGCUUUCCUCACCGUCGAGCGCAUGGACUCUCCCAUUGAGUCAGCGGAGGACCUCGCCAAGCAGACCAAGAUCAAGUACGGAUCGCUCAAGACGGGCAGCACCAUGGCCUUCUCAGCUUCCUUCUUCAGGGACUCCAAGAUCCCGACUUACCAGGGCAUGUGGGCGACCAUGAUGCGCCACGAGGAUCCAGGCCCCUCCGUCUUCCCCGCCUCCAACGCCGAGGGGGUCAAGCGAGUCCAGGAGAGCAACGGCCUGUACGCCUACCUCAUGGAAUCCACGUCCAUCGAGUACGUGGUGGAGCGGCAGUGCGACCUCACGCAGAUCGGGGGCCUCCUGGACUCCAAGAGCUACGGCAUCGCCCUUCCCCCGGGCUCUCCCUACACGAGUGCCAUCAGCAGUGCCAUUCUGUCGCUGCAAGAAACUUCGAAAAUACAGAUGCUGAAAAGACGAUGGUGGAAGGAAAAAAACAGAUCUGACAAGUGUGCAAAGGACAAGUGGGAAAAAAUCAACAUACCCGAUUACCAGAUGUGGCGUCAGCCUCUGACGUCACAGUCGAACCCUCACCCCGACCAAUGGCCGAUUCCUAGCUACGUGCCCCCCACCCCCUCGCCCGUCGCCAACGUGAAUGCAUCGACGGUCAACCAGAACACAUCCUUGCUCAGUCAGAACUCAUCCACCGUGGCCAGCCAGAAUUUCUCCUCCUCGCCCUACUUCACGCCGGACCGAAAGCCUUCCCUCUCGCCCACGGGGCAGGACCCGGGGGGGCGAGGAUCUAGGCCCGGCCGACGCGAGUGCGAGGAGCUGGAAACGGGGCCAGUUUUUCGAAAACUUGCAUAUAGUUAG